UGCAGCCUUAAAUGUAAGGCAGGAACCUCACCCAGACCUCACUUCCUCUUCAGAUACAAUUUACAGCCACAGUGAUUAAAAACAGUCGCUGUUAGUUUAACAGUUUCCCAGCACAGCUCACACAAAUGGAUAACAAUGCUCAAGGAGGUAAAGCGUAUGGCCUUCUCAAGUCUCAACAGGAGGAAAGACUUAACUCUAUAAAUGAGGCGUUCCUCUCAGAUUCAAAGUACGCAGACGAGGAAGAUCUGGCAACCAAUCUUGAAAUGUUUAAAAAGAAAUACAUGGAGUUUGAUCUCAACGACAAAGGUGAUAUAGAUAUGAUGGGGUUAAAACAUAUGCUGGAAAAACUCGGAUUGGCCAAAACUCACUUAGAACUGAAAAAGAUGAUGUCAGAGGUGGUUGGAAGUCCAUCGAAGGACACAAUCAGCUACCACGACUUCCUGAACAUGAUGCUGGGGAAACGAAAUGCAAUUCUGAAGCUGAUCCUAAUGUUCGAAGGAAUGGGAAAGGAGCAUGAGGAGAAGGAUGUUGGUCCACCUUCACGCAAAACCUUCUCAGACCUUCCCUGAAGUCUCAAUCACAUUUGGAAAGGAUGUUUUUUGCUAUUUCUGCCACAUUUAAGAGUCCUUCUGAUGGAGUCUGGGUGUAAAACAGCAACAAAUGUCAUUAAAAACAUACUUUUAAAAGUAAGGUGCAUUACUGCAAUAGUUUUCCAUUAAAGUGAAAAAUCAUAACAGAGUAAUGGCUUAGUUGUAGGCAGAAUAGACAUAAUGGUGGCUUGAAACUUUUAUGCAUAAAAAAAUGUUUUCUUUUAUGCGAGCUAAGAUCACAAUGUCAAAUUUUCUGUUACAUCCGGUGUGAUGGAAUUAUUAUUUGAUUAAAAAGGUUUAUAAAAACAAA